UACACAUCGCACCACGACACAUAAACACUCCUUUGGGUAAAGCAACGCAAGAGAUCCCGCGCGCGAGACAUGUUCCCGUCACCAGGGAGGGCGGCGCUGGGCCACGGCACCGCAACUACCGCCGGCAGCGGGGGCAGGACCUCGGCCGCGGCGUCCGCCCGGACGACGGCCAUGGCUUUCUGCAGCUUCCCGCUACCACCCUCCGAUUCUCCUACGACCGCUCAUCAUCUCGCCCACCAUGGCCUCCUAGGUUACAGCCCCCUAGUCGUCCUAGACCACCCAACAACCACCACCACCUCCUCCUCCUCCUCCACCACUAUCCCCUCAGCUACUCCCAACCUACACGCUCCGCCGUCCGUCCUCCAUCCUCUGAGGUCGUCGCCUCCUCCACAUCCAUGGUCUUGCGGCGACGGUGAUCGGGAAAGGCAGAGGGGGAAGGGCGCUAUGACGGGCAACAGCGCGGCGGCGGCGGGGAGCAAUAUGGGGGUUGGUGCGGUGAGGAUGAAGAAAGCAGCUGCGGCGGCGGGCGUGGGAGCGGGGGCGAAGGCGAAGGGGGCGCGGCGGAAGGUGCGGGAGCCGAGGUUCUGCUUCAAGACGAUGAGCGACGUCGACGUGCUCGAUGACGGCUACAAGUGGCGCAAGUACGGCCAGAAGGUCGUCAAGAACACGCACCACCCACGGAGCUACUACCGGUGCACGCAGGACAAGUGCCGGGUGAAGAAGCGCGUGGAGCGGCUGGCGGAGGACCCGCGGAUGGUGAUCACCACCUACGAGGGCCGCCACGUCCACUCCCCUUCCCGCGACGACGACGACGCCGCCCGCGCCAACGCCGAGAUGACCUUCAUCUGGUAGCCAAUGUAUUGCACUGUGCUGCUGCAAUUGUUGUAUAGUUAGGCUUUGGUGAGAUCGAUCGACAAGAUGAUGAUGUAAGAGCUAGCAGUGGCAAAUAAGAGCACGAUCGAGGAGCAGACGCCGUACACAGUAGAGAUCAGUCACCAGUACCGGCAGGCAGAGUAACUUGCGGUGUCUUAAUCUUGUUUUCCGAGGUCAUGCAUACAUGAAUGCCCAGUGUCCUGGCCUCUGCUUCUCUCUAUCUGUGUUUCCUUUCUUCUCUAGCUUUCUUUCGUUGUUGCAGUCAGAUACUCAGACGUGCAUCCAUGUAGUGCUGGUCGUGAAAGAAGGGUUUCGUAUGUAACGUGCGUGCAUUAAGUUGCGCAUCCAUAUGUU